CUCUCCGUCUCUCUCCCCGCCCGGGCCGAGCCGCCCCUCCGCGGCCUGUCGGGAUGGAGGAGGAGAGCAUGGAGGAGGAGGGCGGCGGCGGCGGCGGCGGCAGCAUCAGUAGCAGCAGCAGCUACGAGGCCUUAAUGGACGACCAAAACCACAACAACUGGGAAGUGGCGGAGGAGGAGGCGGCGGCGGCGGCAGGAAGGGGCGGCUACGGCCGCCGCCCGCUGCCGCCCGCCCCGCUCUCUCCCCACCGGGGCUCGCUGGACCCGCAGGAGGACUUCGAGAUGCAGCUGCUGUCCGAGGCCGCCAAUGGGCAAGGGAAGAGCUGCGAGGCGCCGCCGGGCAAAGGAGGGGCCGCUGCCGCCGCCGCCAUCAACCUCAACAUUAACCCCUCGGCCUCCAAGUUCUUAAUGAAUGUUAUAACUAUAGAAGAGUAUAAGAGCACAUACUGGCCAAAGUUGGAUAGUGCCAUAGAUCAACUUUUAACUCAGAGUCCUGGUGACUACAUCCCCAUCUCCUAUGAACAAAUAUACAGUUGUGUGUAUAAAUGUGUGUGCCAGCAGCAUUCGGAACAGAUGUAUAGUGACCUAAUUAAAAAGAUAACUAACCACUUAGAGAGUGUCUCAAAGGAGCUGCAGGCCAGCCCUCCAGAGCUCUACGUUGAAAGGUUUAACGUAGCACUUGGACAGUAUAUGGGAGCAUUACAGAGCAUUGUGCCUCUUUUCAUAUAUAUGAAUAAAUUUUACAUAGAAACAAAGCUUAACCGUGACUUAAGAAACGACCUUAUAAAACUGUUUACGGAACAUGUUGCAGAAAAGCACAUUUACAGCCUGAUGCCUUUACUUCUAGAAGCUCAGUCCACGCCCUUUUGGAUAAGCCCUUCCACUAUGGCAAACAUUGUGAAAGGAUUGUAUAUGCUUAGGCCAGAAUGGGUUCAGAUGGCACCAGCUUUAUUUUCUAAAUUUAUUCCAAACAUCCUCCCUCCUGCAGUAGAAUCUGAACUUGAAGAAUAUGCUGCUCAAGACCAGAAACUUCAACAAGAACUUAUUCAGGAAGGAUUUUCCAGGGGUGAUCAGUCACGUAAGAGACCUGGAGAAGAAUUAACAUACAAUGGGUCAACAUCCUGUGCGAAUUCAAGAGGAUGCAGAUAGUGACUGUACU